AUGGAGAAGAUCAAUCCACUAGUCUACCGGGUAUGGCUCCCCACAAACUACCCUAUGCACCCCUACGAAGUCAAGGAUAUUCUGGGCCAUCGCUACACGAACAAGCGCUUGGGAAGUCGGCUGCAGUAUUUAGUACAAUGGAAGGGUUACGGGCCGGCGGACAACAUGUACAUCGCUGAGGAUGCUCUUCGAAAUUCCCCUUACCUUAAGCGGAGGUACUGGGCGGCGCAGGAGGAGCGACAG